CUGCCGUCCAUCUUUAAUGUACUGGACAGAAGGGGGAUUGACGAUCUGAAAACAUUACCAAGUUUGAAUUAAGGAAUUAUUGGAGAUUUUGCUCGUGGUUGUCAUACAGAGAUACCGACGAAUAUUACACACGUUUGAAAAAGUGACAGAAGGUAUGAAGACAGUAUCAUAGCGAAGCCAUGGCUGAUAAGAGAAAACUUCAAGGUGAAAUAGAUCGAUGUUUGAAAAAAGUUGCUGAAGGCGUGGAACAAUUUGAAGACAUUUGGAAAAAGUCUAUUUCAUUUAAUGCACAGCUUCACAAUGCUGCAAAUGCCAAUCAGAAGGAGAAAUAUGAGGCAGAUCUUAAGAAAGAGAUUAAAAAGCUCCAGCGGCUACGAGACCAGAUUAAGACAUGGGUGGCAUCCAGUGAGAUCAAAGACAAACGGCAGCUAGUGGAGAACCGCAAGCUUAUUGAAACGCAAAUGGAACGCUUUAAGGUUGUUGAAAGAGAGACCAAGACAAAGGCCUACUCGAAAGAGGGGCUGGGCUUGGCUCAGAAGGUGGACCCAGCACAGAAGGAGAAGGAGGAAACAGAACAGUGGCUCACGAAUACAAUAGACACUUUGAACAUGCAGGUGGACCAGUUUGAGAGUGAAGUUGAGUCUCUCUCUGUUCAAACACGAAAGAAAAAAGGAGACAAGGAGAAGCAGGAUCGGAUUGAAGAGCUCAAAAGGUUAAUAGAGAGGCAUCGGUACCAUAUUCGUAUGCUAGAGACCAUCUUGAGGAUGCUGGACAAUGAUUCAAUCCAGGUGGAUUCUAUCCAUAAGAUCAAAGAUGAUGUGGAGUACUACAUUGACUCUUCGCAAGACCCAGACUUUGAGGAGAAUGAGUUCCUCUAUGAUGACCUGGACUUGGAGGACAUACCAACUGCCUUGAUGGCAACAUCUCCUCAGGGCCAUACUGAAGAUGAGAUGUUCCUUCAGUCCAGCAGCACCCCAACCUCCACCACUUCCUCCUCCCCCAUCCCUCCAUCUCCUGCUACAGGCCUCAUGGAGAAUUCAGACGAAAAAAGAGGUCGAUCAACAGACAGUGAAGUCAGUCAGUCUCCUGUGAAGAAUGGAAACCCAUCUCUCUCAUCCUUCUCCUCAUCCGCCUCGUCAGGCUCCUCCUCCUCCUCUUCCUCCUCCUCCUCCUCUUCUCUGGUCUCCAUGGCUACUGUUGUCGGAGGCUGCACAGCUGUCUCCGGGGGCAGCAAUCUGCUGGGAAGCUUUAGCAGCGCAGUACAGCAGCAUCCACCUCAGUCUCAACAGCAAGCACAAGUCAAACUCUCCUCCACAUCUGCACCUUCCAACAACACACCGAGCCCACCUAGCCACCCCAUACUACCUGCCUCCACUUCUUCCUUUAUGCCCAUUUCCAGCGCACCUGGUCCGGUUACUUCCAAUUCCCAGUCCCAGGCUUCAACGGGGCCUGGUGCUGGGGUCUCCAGCCACGGACUGUGUUUAGGCCUGGGGAAAGGAGGUGUGACGGUGACUAGCAGCAGUAUUGUGGGUCAGAUACCAGGUCUAGGUCUGACGGGGUUAUCUGGUUCUCUCAAUACCAUGGCAGGACUUCUCUCAGGCUCUACCCCUGCCCCUUAUGCCCAGGCGGCUGCUGGUGGAACAACAAGUAGUGCCUCUAGUGGUCCGGUGGGGAGUAGCAGCAGUAGUUCUAUCAUAUCUGCAACAGGUGGAGGUGCCGGGGGAGUGGGCACAAGUGCAACCAGUAACGGUACGGGUACAGGGGCAAGUAUGGGUCUACUAGGGUCCAGUCCGGGUCAUGGAACUCUAAGCGGAGGUAUUCUGAACCUGGUACCCGUGCAGACAGCUCUUCAGGGGUCUGUACAGGUACCCGUGAGUCCUGUGGGGACAGCACCUGGUGGAGGAACUGGCGAGGGUGGAUUGGGGGGCAACGGGAGCAGUGCAGUGGGAAGUGGAGGUGUGGGAAUGAGCAGAUUACCUACUAGACCCCCCAGCGGCCUCAAACUAAAUGGGGCAACCAGUUAUAGUGCUGUGGUUGCAGACAACGCACCAGACUCCUCCCUCAGCAGUGCCAGCCAAUCACAAAACAGCCAUUCCUCUUCCUCAAGCUCAUCGACAAAUCAAACUCUAGAUAAUGGCCCCAGUUUAUUGAGUUCAAUCACUCUACCCCCCUCCUCUCCAUCACCUGCUUUCACUGACAGCACACCUGGUGGUGGGAGUCUGCUAAAUGGCCCACACUCCUAUGCACCCAACACAGAAGCCAUCAAGGCCCCUGAACCACCGAGCUCUUUGAAAGCAAUGGCAGAGAGAGCUGCACUUGGAUUAGCUCUAGAUGGAGAAAUCCCAUCACUACACCUCACAGAUCGAGAUCUGUUCUCAGGAUCCUCGGCCCCAACUGCUCCCACAACAGCCCCCCAGCCUGCUGUUUCAGAGGUCAACCUCCCACCUUCUUUAGGGGCGUGUCCACUAGGCCCCACCCCCCUCACAAAAGAGCAGCUCUACCAGCAAGCCAUGCAAGAAUCAGCAUGGACACAUAUGCCCCACCCAUCUGAUUCGGAAAGAAUCAGGCAAUACCUGAUGAGAAACCCUUGUCCUACACCGCCAUUCCACCAUCAGAUGCCCCCACAUCAUUCGGACUCUAUUGAGUUCUACCAGAGAUUGUCCACUGAAACUCUCUUUUUCAUAUUCUACUAUCUGGAGGGCACAAAAGCGCAAUACCUGUCAGCUAAAGCACUGAAGAAGCAAUCAUGGAGGUUUCACACCAAGUACAUGAUGUGGUUCCAACGACAUGAGGAACCCAAGACCAUCACUGAUGAAUUUGAACAGGGCACGUACAUUUACUUUGACUACGAAAAGUGGGGCCAGAGAAAAAAGGAAGGAUUUACGUUUGAGUACAGAUACCUGGAGGACAGAGAUCUGCAGUGACUGACAAAGGAAGAGACCGAGAGAGUGAUUGCUACGACAGAGAAAAUGCUGCUGUUGACAUUCCGAGAUGAACUCCAUGUCGUGGUUAAAAUUGGAUGUGAAGUUGGCUUAUUUCUUUAAA